CAGAAAAGAUUAAAAGAAACAGACGAUAUAUUUUAAGUGCGAAAAUGGCAACGGAUGCGACAACUUUUCCCGAAGGAGACGCAGAAGCUGAGUUAAAUCCUGCCCAAAACAAGAGUUUGGAAGUAGAUCCUGUUUCUUCUGAAAUCGCUUCUCAUAAGAUAAAACAAAACUUGGAAAGGAUAAAAAACGCAAACUCCAAGAGCUCCAAGAGGGACGCCACACAAACGCUGAAAAAGACGAUCAUAAUAUCAGCGGUGAUCGUGGCCGUCGCGGGAGCGGCUUUCGCCAUCACCAAAAAACUGAAAGAGAAAUGAUUUUGAUAUAUCUUUUACA